AUGAAGAAAAGACUUGAUAAUAUGUGGGCAAGAGAAAGGAUGAUUUAUGUUACGGACAUAGAGAAUGACUAUUUCUUAGUCAGGUUUGAGAAGAAAAAAGAUAUGGAGUUUGCUUUGUUGGCUGGACCAUGGAGGUUUCCUUUGGAGUACGUGAAUGCCUCUCUGAUGAAAACGAUGGGAGAUUGGCUCGGAAAAUUCGUGAGAUUAGAUUCAGCAACUACAAACCUUGCUAGGGGAAAAUUCGCAAGGAUUAGUGUAGAGUUGGAUCUUAACAAGCCACUGAAAAGUGAAAACUAUAUCGAAGGGAGAUAUAAGCAGUCUCAAAACGUUAAUCUAGUGAAGGAUGGUUCAGGGACCAUUGAUGAAGGAAUACCAGCUGACUCAUACAAAGGUGAAGGAGAUGAUAGUUCAAAUAAUUUUGGUCCUUGGAUGGUGGUUACAAAAGCCCGUAGGUCAAGACCUCAGAUUGAGAGAGGGGGAAAUGCACAAAAUAAUAAUCAGAAAGAGGGGCAGUUGGUAGGAAAAAAUAAUGCUAAGGAUAUCAUACAAAGCAAUGAGGAAGAUAAGGUUGAGCAAAUUGUUGAGAUUUCGGACAAAGUUAGCAAAGUGCCAUCAAAGCAGGUGGGGGUUAGCAGGAAAUGUGCAGCUAAGGACAGAGUGCAGAUAGUGGAGACUGAUUCUAAUUUCAAGCUGGUAAUGGAAGGUAAGGAUGGGGUGUUAUACGAGUUGAAAGAUCAAGAUAGAGUGAAUAAAAAGGUCCAGGAUGUAUCAGGUUACAAAGUAGGGAAAGAGGUUGGAAAAGGAAAUCAAGCAAUGGAGGAGAAUGCUAUGGAGGUUGACAAAUUUGCGUUAAAUUCGAAUAAUCAAAUAAAAAAGCAUCUGAAUGUCUCGAGAUCCAUUGAUCAAGAGGUCUAUCAAGAAACAAGUUCUAAAAUAAUUAUAGAGAAAGCUCCUAAACCUCCAGACCCAGGUGCUACUAAUAUGAUGGAAGUAAAUAAAGACAGAGGAGGUAUUUCUAGGAAUGAAACAACAGCAUUGUUGAUGAAUCUCAUGUUGCAGGUAAUUAUUGAGGAAGCAAUUGGUUUCUCUGGAGGUAUUUGGGUAUUAUGGGAUUCCAAAAAAGUCACUGUUCAUGCUAUUAGUCAAUCUAGCCAAUUUGUUCAUAUGAAGGUGAGCCUUGAUCAAAGCACGAGCUUCCUUUGUACAACUUUGUAUGCUAGCCCUCAAGAGACUAGAAGACAUACGUUAUGGGAAGAAAUUAUUCAAAUGAGUCAUUCCAUCAAUGAUCCAUGGAUUUUGGCUGAUAUUGAUGGUUUGGAGGGUAGAUUAACAUGGCAGGGUCGCAAAUGGAAUCUUUUGUUCAAAAAACUUAAUAGAGUUUGUGCUAAUAUGAGAUGGAGGAUUAGUUUUGAAGAUGCAGAGGUUAGAGCACUACCUAGGUUCCUCUCAGACCACAAUCCGUUGCUUCUUGAUUUGGCAAAGGGUGUGAAUCAGUGGAGUGAUAGGCCGUUCAGAUUCAUUGCACCAUGGAUGGAUCAUCCAGGUUUUGGGGGUUUAAUGGAGGAGAAAUGGAGUUCUGAUGUGGAAGUGAAACUGAUGUUAGCUAACUUUAUACCUCAUCUAAAGAAAUGGAACAAGGAAGUCUUUGGAAAUAUUUCUUAUAGGAUUAGAAAUCUGACUCAAAGUAUUGCAGAUAUCCAAUUGAAAAGGGAACGUGUGGAUAGUCUUAGAUUACAGAAGUUAGAGGAAGAGCUUCAUGAUAAUCUCAACUUGACCCUUGAUCAAGAGGAACUCCUUUGGUUCCAGAAAUCCCGUCAUAAUUGGAUUAUUGAUGGGGAUAAGAAUACAAAAUUUUACCAUCUGAAAACAGUUAUGCGCAGGUCUAGUAACAGGAUCAGUAGACUUUGUAACAAUGAUAAUAUAUGGAUUGAAGAUCCUAAUGAGUUGAAGGUGCAUGUUUGUAAUUACUAUAAAGAUUUGUUUUCUGAGGAGGUAAGGGAUCGUAGAUGGAUUUCAUUUCAGAAUCUGUGGCCUAUUCUAGAGCAGAAUGAAAUCCAUGCGUUGAUGAUUCCUCCGAGUGAUCAUGAUAUCUGGCAAAAUCUCUCUUCCAUGGGACCGUAUAAAGCUCCAGGUGAUUAUGGUUAUCCUCAUAUUUUUUUCCAGACACAGUGGAAAAAGGUAAAAGUGCAAGUUUGUAAUGUCAUUAAAAACAUGUGGCAGCAUCCAGAAAUGAUUGAAGAUUGCAAUUAUACUCUUUUGGUUUUAAUACCAAAGAAGAAGAUACCAGACUAUAUUAGUCAGUGUAGACUGGUUUCAUUGUGUACUGUUAUUUAUAAGUUGUUUUCGAAGAUCAUUGUUUAUAGGAUUAAAAUGGUUCUGGAGAAAAUCAUUUCCCCUUUUCAAGCUAGUUUUGUGUCGCAUAGGCAAAUUCAAGAUAACAUUACUAUUGUUCAAGAGCUCAUACACUCUACGAAUAAGAUGAAAGGGAGGAAGGCCUUUAUGGCUUUCAAAAUUGAUCUGGUAAUGGCCUAUGAUAGGGUGAGUUGGCAAUUUAUGAGGAGAAUUAUAGAGGAAAUUCAGUUCCCCAAGGCUUUCAUCAAUAUAAUCAUGAAGUGUUUAUCCACAUCUCGUAUUAAUGUUCUCUGGAAUGGAGAUAAAACUGUGGAUUUUGCACCAUCAACGGGUUUGCGUCAAAGGGACCCUCUAUCUCCUUAUUUAGGGUGUGCAUGA